AAUGUAUAGAAAAAAAAAUCCAAAAACAAUAACAAAAGCUCAUAACUCUUGCCUCUGUUUUCUCCACGUGAAGGGAAAAACUCUUUUAUCGUUUCUCGCUCCUCGAGAAUUACACAGCACAAACAAAAACUCAGAAAAAGUGUGAAGUAAAUAAACUGAGAGAGAGAGAGAGAGAAAGAAGAAACAGAGAAUGACAGCAUCAGGAGGAGGAGGAUCCACGGCGGCAGGAGGAGCAGGAGCGACGGGGAGGAUGCCGACUUGGAAGGAGAGGGAGAACAACAAAAAGAGAGAGAGACGAAGAAGAGCCAUAGCAGCAAAAAUAUUCACCGGACUCAGAUCUCAAGGAAACUACAAACUCCCUAAGCAUUGUGACAACAAUGAAGUACUCAAAGCUCUUUGCUUCGAAGCUGGUUGGAUCGUCCACGAAGACGGCACCACUUACCGAAAGGGUUCCCGACCAACAGAAACAUCACCGCCGCGCGUGAGCGCGUGUUCGUCAAUCCAGCUCAGUCCUCAUUCAUCGGCUUUUCAAAGCCCAAUUCCGUCGUACCAAACGAGCCCAGCCUCCUCAUCUUACCCAAGCCCGACCCGGUUUGACCCGAAUCAAUCCUCAACGUAUCUCAUCCCUUAUCUCCAAAACCUAGCUUACUCCGGAAACCUAGCCCCUCUACGAAUUUCCAAUAGUGCCCCUGUCACACCUCCAGUUUCAUCUCCUAGAGGCUCAUCACAUCCGAGACUACCAAGGCCACAGAUCAGCAACUUCCCAGUCUCAGCUCCUUCAAGCCCAACACGGCGUCUCCACCACCACUACACAUCGAUUCCUGAAUGCGACGAGUCAGAUGUCUCCUUGGUUGAUUCUUGUCGAUGGACCCGUUUUCAGCCGGUGACUGUUUCUCAGACAUGUCCGCCGUCGCCAACUUUUAACCUCGUCAAAAAUAGCGUUUGCGUUGGCGGGGGAGACGUUUCGGUGAAGCCGUGGGAAGGUGAGAAGAUUCACGAUGUUGGUGUCGAUGACUUGGAGCUGACGUUAGGUAAACGCUAAUUCGCUAAAGGACGCGGGUGAGAGGAUGAUAUCGUAAUUAACGACUAGAAGGGAGAACGGUUCGGUUCCGUGUUUCCGGUUUAACCGUAACCAAUUUGGGAGGAUAACCUUCUUGGUCUGCUUCAUGCAUUCAUGGCCAAUGCACAGUCAUUAUCGUUAUCAAUGUUUCAUUUCACAAAAGCUAAUCUUCAUGUAUAAUUCUACCUAUAUUUAUUUAUUUAGCAAAGUGUGUGACUGAAAGUGAGAGGGACCAUUCCCCAUGUGGUGUUGGGGGUAGGCAUGUGAAUGUGACUCUCUCUCUCUCUCUCUCUCUCUCUCUCUCUCUCUCUCUCUCUCUCUCUCUCUCUCUCUCUCUCUCUCUCUCUCUCUCUCUCUCUCUCUCUCUCUCUCUCUCUCUCUCUCUCUCUCUCUCUCUCUCUCUCUCUCUCUCUCUCUCUCUCUCUCUCUCUAACCACGCGUGACUCUUCAAUGUUAGCCUAUCUAUCAUUACACCGAUGUUUAGUGGACCUGUAAUUUUCAUUACUAAGAGAAAUUCAGUGAGAAACAUUA